AUGGCAACGGGAGGCAGGGCCUGGGGUGGGGACCGGGCCCGGGCUGGGGCCGGGGGUGCCGGCGGCGGCUGUGGCGGGGCGAUGGCGGAGCGCGGCCCGGCCUUCUGCGGCCUCUACGACACAUCCUCGCUGCUUCAAUACUGCAAUGAUGACAAUUUGUCCGGGACGAGCGGCAUGGAGGUGGACGACCGCGUGUCGGCGCUGGAGCAGCGGCUGCAGCUGCAGGAAGACGAGCUGGCGGUGCUGAAGGCGGCGCUGGCGGACGCGCUGCGGCGCCUGAGGGCGUGCGAGGAGCAGGGCGCCGCGCUGCGGGCGCGGAGCACCCCCAAGGGCCGGGCGCCCCCGCGCCUGGGCACCGCCGCCUCGGUGUGCCAGCUCCUCAAAGGCCUUCCCACCAGGACGCCCCUCAAUGGCUCCGGACCCCCGCGGCGCGCGGGCGGCUACGCCACGUCCCCCUCCUCGCCCAAGAAGGAGGCGAGCUCCAGGCGCAGCGCCCGCCGCUACCUGUCACCCGAGCGCCUGGCCUCGGUGCGCCGCGAGGACCCCCGCAGCCGCACCACGUCCUCCAGCAGCAACUGUAGCAACAAAAAGGAAGGCAAAACCAAAGAAGCUAUCUUCAGCGUGGAGGAGGGCUCCGUGAAGAUGUUCCUGAGGGGCCGUCCCGUGCCCAUGCUGAUCCCGGAUGAGCUGGUGCCCACCUACAGCCUGGACACGCGCUCAGAGCUGCCUUCCUGCAGACUCAAGCUGGACUGGGUCUAUGGCUACCGGGGCCGAGACUGCCGCGCCAACCUCUACCUGCUGCCCACGGGGGAGAUAGUGUACUUCGUGGCCUCCGUGGCCGUGCUGUACAGCGUGGAGGAGCAGAGGCAGCGGCACUACCUGGGACACAACGAUGACAUCAAGUGCCUGGCUAUCCACCCCGAUAUGGUCACCAUUGCCACUGGACAGGUGGCAGGCACCACUAAGGAAGGGAAGCCACUGCCACCCCACGUGCGCGUCUGGGACUCAGUUUCCCUCUCCACAUUACACGUGCUGGGCCUGGGCGUGUUUGACAGAGCUGUGUGCUGCGUGGGCUUUUCCAAAUCGAAUGGGGGCAACCUGCUCUGUGCGGUGGACGAAUCCAAUGAUCACGUGCUUUCCGUGUGGGACUGGACCAAGGAGACCAAGGUGGUGGAUAGCAAGUGCUCCAACGACGCUGUUCUGGUGGCCACCUUCCACCCCACCGACCCCUCUAUCAUCAUCACCUGCGGGAAAUCCCACAUCUACUUCUGGAGCCUGGAGGGGGGCAGCCUGAGCAAGCGGCAGGGCCUCUUUGAGAAACACGAGAAACCGAAGUACGUGCUGUGUGUGACCUUUCUGGAGGGGGGCGACGUCGUCACCGGGGACUCUGGAGGGAACCUCUAUGUCUGGGGCAAAGGGGGAAACCGCAUCACGCAGACGGUGCCGGGCGCCCACGACGGAGGCGUGUUUGGGCUCUGCGCCCUGCGGGACGGGACGCUGGUGUCCGGAGGCGGCCGCGACCGCAGGGUGGUCUUCUGGGGUCCUGACUACAGCAAGCUGCAGGAAGUAGAGGUGCCCGAGGACUUCGGCCCCGUGCGCACCGUGGCCGAGGGCCGGGGAGACACGCUGUACGUGGGGACCACCCGCAACUGCAUCCUGCAGGGCUCCGUGCACACGGGCUUCUCGCUGCUCGUCCAGGGCCACGUGGAGGAGGUGUGGGGCCUGGCCACACACCCCGGCGGGGCCCAGUUUGUGACGUGCGGGCAUGAUAAACUGGUGCAUCUGUGGAGCGUGGAGUCCCACCAGCCCCUGUGGAGCAGGACCAUCGAGGACCCUGCCCGCUCUGCUGGCUUCCACCCCGGUGGCUCCAUCUUGGCUGUGGGCACCGUGACCGGCAGAUGGUUGCUGCUGGACACGGAGACCAGUGACCUGGUGGCUAUCCACACAGACGGCAAUGAACAGAUCUCCGUGGUCAGCUUCUCUCCAGACGGGGCGUACCUGGCCGUGGGCUCCCACGACAACUUGGUGUACGUGUACACGGUGGACCAGGGCGGCCGCAAGGUCAGCCGCCUGGGCAAGUGCUCGGGCCACUCCAGUUUCAUCACCCACCUGGACUGGGCCCGGGACAGCAGCUGCUUUGUCACCAACUCCGGGGACUAUGAGAUUCUGUACUGGGACGCGGCUGCCUGUAAGCAGAUCACCAGUGCAGAGACCGUGAGGAGCAGGGAAUGGGCCACCGCUACCUGUGUCCUGGGCUUUGGGGUGUUCGGGAUUUGGUCUGAGGGAGCGGAUGGCACCGACAUCAACGCCGUGGCGCGCUCCCACGACGGGAAACUGCUGGCUUCAGCUGAUGACUUCGGCAAAGUCCACCUGUUCAGCUACCCCUGUUGUCAGCCUCGCGCCCACAGCCACAAAUACGGUGGACACAGCAGCCACGUGACAAACGUGGCCUUCCUGUGGGAUGACAGCAUGGCCCUGACCACGGGGGGCAAGGACACCAGCAUACUGCAGUGGCGGGUGGUCUGA